GGCCGUGUUCUGCACCCCCCUGCUGCUGGCUGAGUUUCUCCGUCCCUUGGCAAUCAGACAGACUCUUGUUUUCACAGCCAGUCGAUCGCCCUCGUGUCAUCACCCUGCCUGCUGGCUGGUCACCAUCCUGAGGUCUCCUGAGGUCACCAUCCUCUCCAGCCUGCCUUGGGCUUGGAGAGUGAGGAGGAGGGCAAGGGACGUCUGCUGACCCUGAACAUCCGCCAUCCAUUAUCCCAUCACUGAGAGCAAGGUUUCACACCGAGCAGGUUCCCGUGGGCUGCGCUCUGAGCGGCCAGGCCCUCAUGGACCCGAGGUUCCAGUAUGCCUACGAUGGGAGGGACUUCAUCAGCUUUGACGACCAGACGGGGACGUGGGGUGCGGCUGAGCAGCUGGCCUUCCCUCAGAAGCAGAGCUGGGAGACGGGCAAGACGUGGACUCAGUACGUCCGGUGGUACUUGAAUGAGUGUCUGGACACCCUGCAGAGCCCAGUGCAGCAGGGCAGUGGGGUCCUGCGGCAGCAGGUGCCCCCCAAGGUCUCAGUUUCCCGCAGAGAUGCCCCCGAUGGCUCCAUCACCCUCUCCUGCUACACCAGGGGUUCUUACCCACGUCCCAUCCACAUCUCCUGGAUGCGGGAUGGAAAAGACAUCCUGGUGGAGAAAGAGUCCAGCGGGAUCCUGCCCAACGCUGACGGCACCUACUACAUGCAAUCGUCUCUUGAGAUCUCCCUGCAGGAGGAGGACAGGCACUGCUAUGCCUGCCGGGUAGAGCACAGCAGCCUGGCAGAGCCUGCGCUUGUCUGGGCCCCUGGGAAGAAGGGCUCCCUGCCCCUCUGGGUCCUGGCCUCCAUUGCCCUGGCUGCGCUGGUUCUGGCUGGAGCUGUAGGAGCCAGCGUUACCCUGUGGAGGAGAAAAUCAGCAGCUGCAUGCGUUUCAAGGAUCACAGGAUCUCCUCCUUCCCAGAGACUAGUGAAGAUUAGAAGGCGAAAAAAACACACUCAUGAUGAAAUGUUCUCUGAGCUCAUGCUGUCCUCCCACACUGACAGAGCACAGACGAAUGCAUAGAGGCAGACAAUGUCAGAGUGCAGGAAGGCACAAAAUGACCGGGAGGAGAGGUGGCGGGCUGAAGAGAGUAAGUGGCAGGCCGAAGAGAGGGCUGAAGCUGAAAGGUGGUGGCAGCGUGAUGAGAAGAGGCAGGAUUCAAUGCUGAGGCUGCUGGAGGAUCAAACUAAUGCGCUCCAGUGUAUGGUUGAGCUGCAGGAAAGGCAGCAGGAGCACAGAUUGCCGCUACAGCCCCUGUGUAACCAAUCGCCCUCCUCCCCAAGUUCCAUAGCCUCCUCACCCAGACGCCCAAGAACGCGGUGGGGGGGCCUCCGGACACCCAGCAACUCCACCCCAGAGGAUUGCCCAAGCAACAAAAGGCUGGCAUUCAAUAAGUUUUAAACUUUUAAACUUUUAAAGUUCUGUCUGUCCUUGUCCUUCCCUCCUCCACCACCCCUCCCAGGCUACCUUGGCAGUUAUCCCCCUAUUUGUGUGAUGAAUUAAUAAAGAAUGCAUGAAUGUGAAGCAACAAUGACUUUAUUGCCUCUGCAAGCGGUGAUCGAAGGGAGGAGGAGAGGGUGCUUAGCUUACAGGGAAGUAGAGUGAACCAAGGGGCGGGGGUUUUGUCAAGGAGAAACAAACAGAACUUUCACACCGUGGCCUGGCCAGUCACGAAACUGGUCUUCAAAGCUUCUCUGAUGCGCACCACGCCCUCCUGUGCUCUUCUAACUGCCCUGGUGUUGGGCUGCAUGUAACCAGCGGCCAGGCGAUUUGCCUCAACCUCCCACCCCGCCAUAAACGUCUCCCCCUUACUCUUACAGAUAUUGUGGAGUGCACAGCAAGCAGUAAUAACAGUGGGAAUAUUGGUUUCGCUGAGGUCUAAGCGAGUCAGUAAACUGCGCCAGCGCACUUUUAAACGUCCAAGUGCACAUUCUACCACCAUUCUGCACUUGCUCAGCCUGUAGUUGAACAGCUCCUGACUACUG